CCAUCAAUAUUUGUAAUACUGUAUAUAUGUAUUAAAAGAUUCACUAAAUAAGUACACUAAUUGAUUUCAAACCAUUAAAUCAAAAGAAUAGUGGGUUGUUGAUAGUGUGAAAAAUGGCGACACGGAGUUUGGAGAAAUUGGCAUCAAUUGAUGCACAGUUAAGGGCAUUGGUUCCUGGCAAAGUUUCUGAGGAUGAUAAGUUGGUUGAGUAUGAUGCUUUGCUUUUGGAUCGGUUUCUUGAUAUUCUUCAGGAUUUACAUGGGGAAGAUCUUAAGGAAACGGUAUGCAUUAUCUGUUUUCCCCCCUUUUGUUGUUAUUGCCUCAUUCUUGUUCUGUUAUUUGAGGAAUUAUGCGCAAUUCAGGCAAUUACUGUUUGA